AUGAUGGGGAUCAGAUCCGCACUACUGGAUCAAACUCUUACCGCUAUUGUAGUCGAGAAAGAUCAAUCAGUGUUCGAAAAACUCAGUCCAAAAACGCUUAUACCAGAGUUGCUGAUUCAUAUGACAGAAACAAUUCCUAAUGAGAUCUUCACCACUGAUGACGAAACUUUAGGUCUUGUCAAACGCCUCCAUAGACUUGCACAACAUCUGAACACUAACUUUACGAAGAAAGACAGCUACCCCUUCACGAUACAACGUAUUUGCGAAAUAUGUUACCAUCCUCUCAAAUACUUCAAGACUCAUGAGCUUAAGAAAUUCGUAAAUGCGCUCGAAAGAUGCUGUCUAGUCAGCAGCACUCUAGGAAAUGAUGAAUUGUCUCCCUGCGAAAAUAUUGGGGAUACAGGAGACGUUUCUUUAGCGAAAAUUCCAUGGAUAAGUCAGGACGAUGAAAAGAACCUCGUCGUCUUUCUUCGAGAAAUAGAAGCUACUGUGAGUGCUAACUUCGGGUACGAUAAUGACGACGACGACGAUGAUAUGAACCAAUCCGGUGAUGUUGACCUAGAGCGUGCAUAUGCCAAUGGCGAUGAUGAUGAAGAAGAUGGCGAUUACGUAGCUGAAGAAGAAGAAGAAGAAGAAGAAGAAGAAGAAGAAGACGAGGAAGAGGAAGAUGAAGAAGAAGAAGAAGAAGAAGAAGAAGAGGAAAAGAGGGAGGAAGAAAACGCAAAAAAAGCAGCACCCGACGAAGUAAAACAACAAAAGGAAGUUGAAGAGAAAAAUGCUGAUUCGACAAAAGCGGUAACCGGUCAAAACCGUGAAAACAUAACAGAAGGUGCUGGCACCCUCGAAGAGGAAGAAACCACGAGUGAAGACGAAGACCUCGAUGCCAACGAUGCAAUGCGUAAGCGCAAGCCUACAGAGAUCGACGAUUUUGAUUACGGAGAAAGCGGGACUACUAGUACUACAACUCCCAAAAAACAAAAAGGCACUAACACAUCAUCGGCUACUCUGGCAAAUUCCCCAUUGUUUAUGCAAGGUUCUGCAAUCCAAAAUACCAGCUUGGAACAACAAAUCUCAAUGUUGGUUUCGCCCAAUCCAAUAACACCAGCGGACUCUAAAAAAAUCAAAGCGAUAAAUUACGCGCAAUUGGAGGGAAACAGUCCAUUGGGAAAGAAAGGUGAAAGGAGCUAG